AGGUAGUUAUUACUCAGUUGUCUAUAAUAAAUUUAAAAAGUUUGAUUUAUGAGUUGGUUUUGUAAAUUAAUGAAUGUACUUAAUUUGUAGUUUAAUGUUACUCUUAACUGUUUGGCAGUUCCUGAAUGAUACCAUGGUGAGUGGUCAAAUGUUCACAUAAUAUGAUACAAAGAUGAAGUAAAGACAUCUUUAGAGAUUUCAGUUAAUCAUAUUCACAAGAGAUUUAUAAGUAUACAUACAAGAGAAACAUGAUUCCAUAAUAUCAGAAUCAAAUUGGCAUCCAAGCCAAGGGAACUAUGAGAGGCUAAUGAAGAUGAACGAAUAACGGCAUAAUCAUAAUCAUCAUUCCCCCUUAACUUGAUGCAUAGAUAUUAGAUGCAUCCAACUUAUUACAUAUGAAAGCUAUCCUAGGACCCAAUAAAGAUUCGGUAAACAUGUCAGCAACUUUUUCAACACUUAUAUGGUUUCUCUAAUUGCCAUUUUUAAUCUUGUAACAAAUGUUGAUGCAAGUGCUACACCAAGAUAUUGCAGCUGCUAUUUCGAUUGUUGAGGUUUUUACUGAUUUUGUUGUUGUUAAACUUGCAUUGAUAACCUCUUCCCGCUGUUCCACGACGGAGAAUCAACCUUUUUCUAAUCCACACUCUAUCCAUGACGCAAUACCCGUUUCCACCAUCGAAAACCCUAGCUUCUAUGAUUCCACUUCUUCAACAUCAUCAUCAUCAUCAUCAUCAUCAUCAUCAUCAGAUGAAGAUUCACGGCGCGAGAGUUCGAAAUCGAGAGCCAAGUACGAGGACGAACAUGCUCGUUUGCUUCACGCCUCACUCACUCAUGUGAUGAAGCUGGGAUGGACAGAAGCUGCGUUAAUUGCUGGAGCGAAGGAUGUUGGUCUUUCUCCUUCUAUUGUUGGAUCUUUGUCAAGGAAGGAAGCUGCAUUGGUUGAGGUUCAUUUCCAUCUCUAUCUUAGUUUUUAGUAAUGGAAUUUAAUAGUAAUUGGUAAAGGAAUUAUGAGAAAAAGAAAAGAUUGUUAAAGUUGAGAGAAAAGCAAUUAAAGGAAAAGU